GGUCGAGAUUGCACAACCAACAACAUAGAAGUGAAUAGGACAUUAGGAGAUAUAUUAGAUAGCAACUGUGAGGAAGGGUCUCGAUUGUUUCAUGGCUCAGCGAAGAGACUCCAAUGUACGUAGUUUCUUGUUCUUCUGCCCGCAUGUGACAUUAUCAUAAUUAAUUUUUUUGCAAUGUCGUUGGAGUUACUCCCCCCUUAUAUUUUGGCGCAAACUUAACGAAUCCAGCAAUGCCGAGUACAAGAUUAAAUUUGGUGGUUGCAAUGUGUAACAGCCGAGGGAUAGGAAUCAACGGCAAAAUUCCAUGGCGACUCAGAAAAGACAUGGAAGUCUUCAAGAAAAUUACAACAGAAACCAAAGAUCCAGAUAAGAACAAUGUGGUGAUAAUGGGGAAGAAAACAUGGCUAUCGAUCCCAGAAAAGUUCCGACCUCUUCCCAAAAGGAUCAACAUCGUAUUGAGUCGUAAUAUGAUAGAAACACCCAGUGGUGCCUAUUUAGCUAGAAGUUUUAAAGAGGCUGUUGCCAUGGUAACAGGAAAAGGGGACUUCGCAGAAAAAGUAGAAAAUGUGUAUAUCAUAGGAGGAAGUUCUGUGUACAAGGAAGCCAUGGAUUUCCAGUGGCCUUGCCGUAUUUAUCUGACCAGAGUUCUUGCUGAUUAUGACUGUGAUACAUAUUUACCAGAAUUUGACUUGAAUAAAUUUAAAAAACUACAACAUUGUGAAGAUGUACCUGCCAUACGUAUGACAGAGAAUGGAGUUGAAUUUGAAUUUGAAGUAUAUGACAAGUGUGUGACAAAAGCAAGCGAGAUGUCGUUCAACGUCAUGGCAGCUAUGUGUAGUAACAGAGGUAUCGGGAUGGCGAACAAACUUCCUUGGCCGUCGUUAAGCAAGGAAUACCGAUAUUACAUGAACCUUACAUCUAAGACAUCAGACCCAGGUAAAAAGUGCGUCAAUAUCAAAGGUCGUGUGACGUGGCAAUGCACGAGUAUGGAAGAGAAAGCACGUGACUCUAUCAUCAACAUCGUGAUAAGCCGGAAUCCGACCGCCGAGAUUUCAGGAGACCCAUAUGUCCAUAAAGUAGUGGCCAGUCUGGAUGAGGCUCUUGAAUAUGUCAGCAUAACAUUACAUGACCAAGUGGAGACUGUGUGGGUGAUGGGAGGACAAAGUAUAUACACGGAUGCAGUCAACCAUCCACAAUGUAAUAAAAUCUAUCUGACACAUAUAUAUGGAGAGUAUGAAGCAGACACGUUUUUUCCGCCUUUUGAGGGCAGAUUCCACGAAGAUAAGUCUGUUGCUUUAGAUCGAACACUACAGGAGGAACGUGGUGUUACAUAUAAAUACAAGGUGUACUGUCCGAGGCAUCAAGCGAGCUGUUGAUGACCAUUUCCUUAUGGUUAUUUGUUUGUAUGACUGUGAAAAAUAAAGGUAUUUGAAAGAA